CUCGGAUUAAUGCAGAGACGAGAGGACUCGCGCGCAAAGCGCAGUAACACAGGCGCCUCCUCAUCCCGGCUCCAGCCUUCUUAUCCCGGCGCCAGCCUCCUCCACCCUCCUCCCCACGACCUCCAGGUAGGAGUCGAGUCCUGGAUCCAUAAGGCGACAGCUGGGACAGCAGCAGCAGCUCAGCCCUUGCAGACGCACGGAGCAAGGAACGGAGCAGAGACAGGAGCGACCGUGAAUCAGCGACCACGUCCACACCUCGCAGCAGAGCUUUCUGUUAAAUGGCCGAGAAACCACUGAGCCUUCCGGCCAAGCUGAUCAAUGGCGGCAUCGCCGGGCUCAUCGGGGUCACGUGCGUCUUCCCUAUCGACCUGGCCAAGACGCGCCUGCAAAACCAGCAGGAGGGACAGCGCAUGUACCGAAACAUGUUUGAUUGUCUCAUCAAGACCGUGCGAUCGGAUGGAUACUUUGGGAUGUACCGAGGUGCGGCCGUGAACCUCACCCUGGUGACGCCGGAGAAGGCCAUCAAGCUCGCCGCCAAUGACUUCUUCAGGAACAUGCUCAGCAAAGACGGGAAGAAGUUGACGCUGUUCCGGGAGAUGCUGGCGGGCUGCGGAGCCGGCACGUGUCAAGUGAUCAUCACCACACCCAUGGAGAUGCUCAAGAUUCAGCUGCAGGAUGCUGGCCGCCUGGUGGCGCAGAAAAGCCUGUUUGGAUCGGCGUCCGUGGGGAGCGCCGGAAUGAGGGAGGCGGCAAGUGGAGCGAAGCCGCCUGUGCCGGGGCCCGUGCCAGGGCCUGUGCCACCGAGCCGGGGCUUCUCGAGCGGGACCCCACUGGGGGCGUCGCGCUCUGCCAUGCAGAUCACACGCGACCUCCUGCGCGCACAGGGCAUCGCCGGCCUCUACAAGGGCCUGGGGGCCACCCUGCUGAGGGACGUCCCUUUCUCAAUGAUCUACUUCCCGCUCUUCGCGAACCUGAACUCGCUCGGGGUGACUACGCCGGGCGAGCGCGCGCCCUUCUACCAUUCCUUCGCCUCGGGCUGCAUCGCGGGGAGCAUGGCGGCCGUCGCGGUGAACCCCUGUGACGUGAUCAAGACGCGGCUGCAGUCGCUGCAGAGGGGCGUGAAUGAGGACACCUACACAGGGAUUGUCGACUGCACCAAGAAAAUCCUGGCGAAGGAGGGUGGCCGUGCCUUCUUCAAGGGCGGCGGCUGUCGUGCGCUCGUCAUCGCGCCCCUCUUUGGCAUUGUGCAGGUCAUCUACUUCUUCGGCGUCGGUGAGAUGAUCAUCGACUACUUCCACUAGCGGCGCCAGAGUGCAGCUAGAGUGGCCGGCCAUGAGGCGGAGAGCCAUUAUUGUGGGCCUGUCAGCCACAACUUACAUCAACAUACGCAGCCUGACAAGCCCUGCACACACACGUAGAUAUACUUACACCUGGGUGCAUAUAUACACACACACAUGGACAGAUACACUUAUACCUGCAAGCUCAUAGAGACACAUACACUCACAUACGUUUACACCUGGAUACACGUACAGCUAUGCCUAUUGUAGCUGUCUUCACCAGUUACACGCUAUCCCAGAUUAAAGUAUACUGUGUCACCUUCACCAGCUACAUACACACGCUCUACAAGUGGUCACUUUUUGAGGGCACAUAUACCCCGUUACACAUAUAUCCGGCUCAACAUAACAGCUGUACGAGGUCCAGCCAUACAUCCAGAGGCUCAUCCACUGAACACACGCGUGCCCUACUCGACGUGCACCCAGGCGAGCGUGCGCUCGUCCGAACGUGCAAGCAGUGUGACAAUCCACGCGCAGACGUUCUUUAAUUUGGUGGGGGGGGGGGGUGAUCUCGUGGGUAGAGCUGCUAGGAUCGAGCCAUGAGCUUUGGGGGUGUAGCAGGGAGGUGGCGCCUUGGGUGUGUGCGCGCGCGCCAGCUCGGCUCGCACGCACGCAACACGCGGCCACAAGAGGUGCCUUCUGCAGUGGGGCGUUGGACAGUGAGUCGCGCGCACACGCAGCACGCAUGCACGCACGCACGUAGGCGUGAGCAGGGGGUCUAUUGUGCGAAGGUGAACGGCGUUUCAAAAUCAGCCGUCCUGUCACUGAGACGGGACACUGAAUACUGCUGCUCCAUAGUUAAACCAAUGCUAUGUUUUAAUUAUUUCGACUUUAUAUUUAUCUUACAUACCUUAUUUUAAGAGAAACAGAUAUUGCAUCAUACUCUUUGGUUCUUUCAGGAAAGUCACGUAGAUGGAAAUUUUAAAUAAAAAUAAAUGAAAUAAAAAUAAUAGAUCACAACGUUUCGAUCGCAACAACAAGCGAGUAUGAAUUCCUGCAGUCACGAAAGCCUCAAAUCAAGAUUAGAUAUUGAAUCACUUAAGUGUUGCGAUAUUUUGGUUUGCACUUAGCACAUGAUAGUUUAGUCGCUUAAUGAUUCUGCCAAUGGCUUUGCCGACAAAUGCAAACAGGUGUGGGUUUACUGUGAGCAAUAUCUGGGGUCACACGGACACAUGUGCCGGUGGCCACCUGAUCAUGCCCAGCUGAGAUGCUGCUUCAUGCCCUGAGCCUGUGGGGGGUCGGCCCUCGGCUCCCUGUUCCUGAGACAAUAGUUUAAGCCUUGUGAUGAUUGGCGGUAUUUGUCCAUCUCCCCUAGGGCCCACACUGGUCCUGGCUAUACUCCCUUGGAGUGCGCAUGCAUGAUCCCUGUCAUGUGUCAGCCCUGCGUACACUACUCUGUCGCUCACCUCUCACAUCUAAAAUACCCCCCCAUAGAAAAUUAGGACAUGAAGGAUAUUGCUGUAUGAACCCUCUAGUUUUUGUGGGUUUGCAGAACACAUUGCUUCUUUCAAGAACGCAGCAUAACUUUUGAGGUUGGAGAACAUAGAUGCCUAUGUCUCGUAUGAGAUCCCGAGAUGCAUAAACAUGCAAUAACCACUGGCUAGUGCUUGCAGAAUGCUUGUUAUGCUUUUGCCUGAUGCUAAGCAUUGCACAAUCUGAUGCAAGUUCGUUGUGGAUUCCGAUACCCUCUCCGUGCAUUGUGUUCCUGGCUAUUCUGCUAAGCAUGGCAGGGGAAGGGAUGAGAGUGGGGAUGGGAUCCUAUUGCUUGUGGGUACGCACAUAAACCUUAGUGGCUACAUCUGUGGACAACGGACAUUUUAUUAGUGUUAUUGUGACUGUGAGAUAUUAUCUUUUGUUGAAUCAACACUAAUUAUAACAGCUUUCAAUUAAUUUAAGUGCAUUUAUACUAUAGGUAGACAUUGAUUGUGUUUUUUUUUAUUUUACAUGAUCUAGGCAAGAUGAAUCUCUAGCUAUGAGUAGCAAUUUUAAUAUUAACUUAUUGGCGUGGGUUUUUCCAUCUUUUUUGCACUAAAUACAUACACCGGCUGCUGCUUCCACAUCACUGCUCACCCUUAUUUCUUGACUUUUUUUUAUCACACUUGCUAUUGUUUUCCUACACACUGAUCCAACUCACAAUUUACGUCGGUAUUUUGAGAUUUGGCCACUGCGCAUCUCGGCGGCAUCCUUUCACAAACCCCGGAGUGGCCACUCGCAGAUCGCCCUUCGCUUGUGAGCAUUGCACACAUGCUUGCACGCACACCCACGCAUUAUUGUUGCUCACAUCGACACUUAUUUAUGGCAAACGUGACAGCGGGUUUGGCAGUCGCACGUCUCUGCAUAAAACAAAUAUGAUGAUCUAUUAGAUUGGAUCAAUUUUGCCCACUUACCUGGUCUUUCACUUGCUCUGGAGUUUGGUACUUAGAACAUUUAAGUAGACUAUGUGGAGCAUCUUAGCAAUGGCUGUCUAGGCCAUGCACCUAAGGGACUGGCGCUAGUGCCUCAGUGCACUUUCAUUAUCUCAGUGUAUUUUGUUGCACACUGAACGUGGUGUAAGUGAGGUAGCACAUCGAUUGUGCGCUGCUCUGUGCUGCACGAAACCUGGUUUCCCUGAGUUUGCUCUGCACAGUAACGUGUGCCAGAGUGAACCACCCCGCACCCUUAGCUGGUGCUAAGGAAAUAUCUGAUCCAUGAUAAUCGUAGAUGGUGUUUCCAUGCAUUCCCAGCCAUACAAAAUAUAAAUCACAGAAUACAUUGUGUCUUAAGAGUCAGUGUCUACGCAUAGUUAACUCUGAGGGUGUGGAUCGGUGAGGCUCCGUACCUCAAACUCACAAAUCUCGAUAUGUGGACAGUGCUGUUUGAGUGGUGCAUGCCUAUAAUGCUGCAGGUCGACAGGAUGUCUGUUGGAGACGGACUUGCUGUACUGUCCUUCCACACACUCUAAUUUAUUCAAGGUACUGAUCUAACAUCCUAAGCAGGGCCCCUUUUUGAAUAGGAUUCUUCAUAUUCAGUCGGGUAUUUUUGGGUAAAUAAAGAAUGAGUGGUAAUGCACAAUUAAACACUGACAAAAAACAGACUCUAUAGGAGUUGUGUGGGUCCUCCCUUAAAUGAAUUAAUACAUUUAUCAAUUUGACUUAAAAGUAUUCGAGAUCAUUGAAUGCAUAAAUCCUAUUAAAUUAGGAUUUUAUCAGAUGGGUAAGAUUAUUGUAAACUUCUUGGCAUCUGCCAAGUGCACUGAUGAGGCAGGCACUCGGGAGAGUGCCCUGUAUCACAGUAUAUAAUUGUGCCAUUUUAUCUGUUAUCGGCUAUUUACAAAUUUCUCCUCCAAUUCCCUACAACGAUCUGGUCGUGCUCAUGGCCCAUUAUAACUUCGAAGGUCAGGGGCUGUCAACUUCUGGCAAGUUUUGUGUACCGUGAGAUUUGCACAGCACCCAGGCCCCUGGACUGAACAUUCCAAAAUACUCUUUGAGCCAGUCAAUGUUGCAGUGAUGUUUACAGGGAGAUGGUUUCCACGUGUGUGAUAAAUACAUGGUUUUUAUUUCGAUUUAAAGCUUUCGUGACUGCAGGGAUUCAUCUUCUUGGUUUUUUCGGUAAAGUCACGUAGAAGGGAAGUAAUAAAAUAAUAAAACAUAAUAAAAUAAAAUAAUUCUCACGACGUUUCGGCUACAACGCAAGCAGCCGUCUUCAGGUGAAGAAUGAGACACUACCAAGCUAGGAGCUUAUAUAUAAGCUGGGUUGGAGGUGGAAGAGCGCCUUAACAAAAAGAAUGUGCAUAUGAAGAGGAAUUUAGCAUAUUCAUGGGAAAUGCGUAGGAGGUGGGUGGGGGGGUUUCAUAGUCAUAUUAUGCCCAUGCAUUAUGCAGGAUCAACAGCACCAAGGGGGGGUGCAGGGAGUAGCAUUAACAAAGGAAAGCAAUGUUAAUAGUAUGUAGCUGCAGUUACUAAACAACCACGUAGAAAACUAAAGUAUAAACUACUUUAGUUUUUUAUGUAGUUUAGACACUUUGUGAUGUGGGGGGUUUCCUCUGUAGUUAUUCACUGGGCAUAAAAAAAAAUAACUGUGGUGUCUAGAAGUACCGUACCAAGUGAGAGGUCAGCUGCUUUAAAAAUACUUUACCCAAUGGGGCAACAUCAUGCUGCCUGAUGCCUUGGAAAUGUUGACUAGAACACAGAGACUUGUCCCUCAAGUCCAGCUGUGAGCUACCAAAAAUAGAAUGUACCUCCUCAUGUACAAUACAAUCACUGCAUCUUGCUUCACAGCCAAAAGUAGAUGGAUCUCAGCUGGGAGACUGAAAGAAGGGCACAACUAAUAGUUGUAAUUCACAUUUACACAAUCCUGUCCAUUCUGGCUCUGUAUCCAGGGGUGUUUACUGCAGUAGUGUUAAUGGGUCGUUUAGUUUGUUUGUUUAUGAAGUUUUUGAGCCAGCUGGCCAGGAUUGGGCAAAACUGAGCCCACUUUUCACCCAAGCAACUGGAGAGCACAGACGAAGCGUUUCUGACAUAACAUUACAACUAACAAUAACAUACGCUUUGGGGUAUGUCGGUAAAGUCACGUAGAUAGAAAAAUAAUAAAUAAAUAAAUUGCGACGUUUCGAUCGCAACACAAGCAAUCGUCUUCAGGUGAAACAAUACAGCAGACGGACUGCUGAGUCAGGAAGAAAUGUAGCGAGAGAGCUGCUGUUGCAGCCAGAGGUUGUAAAGGUUUGAAAUGGGUGCAACCCAAGGGUAAGUGGGCGGGGCUAGAGAUGGAAUUUACAAGUAAAUGUAAGAUCGCAGAGCUAGGGAUACCUCAGUUAUUGUGUUGCUAGAGAUUAGCAUGUCAAUCUGUUAAUGUAACCCCAUGGUUAUGGUGCUGAAGAAGCCAUUGUAUUGCUCGUGAUUAGAGAUUAGCAUGCCAAUCUGAGACGGCUCCCGCAGCAGCGGCUGUGUUAAUGAGAGACAUCAGCCUAUUAAACAACGAGCGCCACCGCCGCAUAGAGGAAAAGGGAGCAGCAGCUAUGUUAGUGAGACAUUUAGCCUGUUAAGACAUUUAACAAGGUAAUGUAACUCAGAGCAAGGCCAUAGCCAUGGAGUCAACAUUGGGGGGGACCAAAUCUUCCAGGGGGUCUGGGGGUUCCCCCCCCCCCCAGAAAAAAAUAAAUCUAAAUAUGAAAACUCAUUUCCUGCCAUUCCUGCCUAAAAUAUGAAAAAAAUUCACUAACACAUAGGAUGGACUUUUAAUUUAUUUUUUACAAUAAUGUAUAAUAGUGUAUUGUCUUACAUUGCUCUGUUUUUUUUACAUUUUCUUGUUUCAUUGGAUGUAAUGGCAGAGAUUAGGAAUUACUAAAGUACAACCAUAACCACAAUCAUAUAUACAGAAAUCUAUUUUAUAGCAAUAUAUUGGGGGGGACAUAUUUAGCAUAUUUGAAUAUUGGGCAGGAUGUGUCCCGACCAAUAUAUAUUAUUAUUACGUCCUUGACUCAGAGAGUCGAAAAUAACUGCUAACAUAGGCAGGUAGGAUGGAAGCAUCACAGCCAGUUAUGACUUUACCUGGUUAAUAACGUCCUUCCAAUGAUUGCUCAGUUUGUACCCAUCUUCGCUGUUGAAAUUGUGUCUGUGUUUAUAUUACUGGAUGGCUUCAUGAACAAAUUUUCGUUGAUAGACAGUGGGUUUGCAUAGUACCUUCGUCUUGGAGAAAUCAAUUUCGUUGGGGAAACUAAGCGACAUGUUUCAGACCGUGUUCGCGAACACAAGGCGGAUCUGAAACAUGGUAGGACCAACACCUCUGCCGUGGCUGAUCAUUGUUUUAACGCUGUGGGCACACAUGAAAUGGAUUUCUCCAAGACGAAGGGACUAUGCAAACCUGAAGACAAUUGCUUGUGUUGCGAUCGAAACGUCGUGAUUUUAUUUUAUUAUUUUUCUAUCUACGUGACUUUACCGAAAGACCCAAAGAGUAUGCAUUCCUGCAGUCACGAAAGCUUUAAGUCAAGAUUUAACAAUAACAGUUAAUAAUCGCAGUUAAGAGAAACAAAACAUGUAUAUUAUUAAAAUAAGAAUUACAAUCACAUAUUUUUUUACUUGAAAUCUCAUCAAUAGUCAUCAUACUACUCGGUACACUGUUCCAGUGCCCAACCAGGCUGCUAGUAUUAUUAUUUAAUUUAAAACACCGUGAGCAUCAACUGAACGCCGCGAAGAACAUUUUUGCGAUUUAAAAGUAGUACAUGAACUCCAUUGAUAUGGGUGAGAAGGUAUAUUUUCCAUUUAGAUGACAUUUUUUUUGGUAAAAUAAAAUGUUGUGUAUAAACAGGAUAAGAGUACCUUUUCCUUCCAUCUGCUGAGAUUUAAUUUAGUGAGUUAAUUAAGGUGCUUCGUGAAGUGAGGUACCUGGCAUCUGAGAUCAAACGGAGGUAAGAAUAAAAAGUAACAUCAAGACCAUUCAAGCCCCUAACCGAGCUGCAUUGAUAUAAUAUAUCGGAAUAGUCAGACUGGGAGCAUCACUGCAUUGAAUAAACGAGGCCUCGGUGUCUGACUAAUGGCCAACUUGCGUCUGUACCAAAAGCCCAGAUUCUGCCUUUAGAUUAAUGUGUUCAAUGUUAGGCUCGCAAAUCCAAAGGCCAAGGUAUUUAAAUGCAUUGACCCUAUUUAAUGGGAUACCAUUAUAAAAUGUAAUGGACACUUCAAUAUUAACAGGCUAAUUAGAAAAAUACACAUAUACUGUUUUUGAGCGUUCAAUGUCAGUUUUUGACAAUUAAACCAAACCUCAAUUACCUAAAAAUAAUUACUCUUUAGGCAUUCCCUACACUCGGCUGGGUUUGGGCCACAAGUGUACAACACCAUAUCAUCAGCAUACAAACACAAUCGGCAGGAUUGAACAACCAUACUUAAGUCAUUGAUAAAAGUGUUAAAAAGGAGUGUUCCAUCACCCUCUGUAAACUACACAUGUUUAGAGAUCACGCAUAAUUUGUUAUGACAGCUGGCAUGAGAUAUGCGGUAAUUUACUAAUUUGCUAAAAGCUAAGUUAUCUAGGUUAAUUCAGAAUUGUACUUGGUCUUCAUAAAGCUCUGGAAACCAUGCAAUCAUACUCCCCGUAUAAACUGUAUUCUUUGUUUUUAUUGUUGAGCUGAACAAAUCCUCUCUCUAAUCUUUGUUUUUUUCGGUUAAAACAGUCUGCCUCAGCAGCAGACCAUACUUUCCCACCUGAUGACGGACGCUUGUGUUGCGCCCCAAACGUCGUGAUUUGUUUAAUUUUAUACGUACGUGACUUUACCGAAAGAACCAAAGAGUUUGGAUUCCUGCAGUCACGAAAGCUUCAAAUCAAUAUUAAAUCCUCUCUCCUGUAGUUAUUUAUGGACUGGUAUUUAAAUUUUGGUCAGUGCACAGCUGCCUCAGAUCAUCAGAAACAUGGACACUCACAAAGAAUACAAGCUGCAAAGUGUGCCGAGGUGUGGAGAGGUGCACGCGUGGAAGUCCACCGAGAGACAGAGAGACACGGGAACAAAUACAAAGGAGAGAGAUUAAUGUUGAAUGUUAAGAACAUUAAAUGAGCCUGGGCAGGUCGCGGCGUGAGGUGAUGUCUAAGGGACGAGACUGGUGACGUAGCGGCAGCCAGAGGAGGAAACUUGCCUCAGGGGGCAUCUUCAGGGACGCUUUAAAUGAGCAAUGGAUAGAGAAUGCCUGAUCAUGAAAAUCGAUGUAAAAAUCAUAGCACGCACAUGUAGCGUUGCACUAUAGGCUCCACGAUCUCGGGGUGCACCAUGGCAAGCUGUACACUCGGAACCAUCGACUAAGCAGCCAUCUUGGUCAAUGCCGUUAAUUCCACCUCAGAUCCAACCCCUGCGCCCACUGUGGGCGAGGGCAAGUAUUACGAGUGGGAUUUCGUUGUAAGUAGUGAUUGCUAAAAGAGCUCUGCUUUAGGGCGAUGUGGUACACCUAGCCAAUGCUGAUGAGUCCCUCGUGGAGGCAAUGCCCCCACAACAAGGUGGUGUGGGAUCCUAAUUACUCACAGUGACAGUGGAGGCAGGAAGAGUCUCCAGUCGAGGCAAUGACACCACCGGCACUAGAAGAGGAGAGGACACUGCUAAAUGCUCCACCAAACAAGCCACUGUUUCCCUUUUAAUGAGGAUGAAUAAACUAUCUAAAUACAUUUAAACACUGGCUUGGAUUUUAGUGAGGCAUGCAGGGGUUUUGUGUAGACUUCAUAGAGCCACCACUGAUCAUUUAAAAGUCAACACAGCGUCCAUGACAUUACAAUAUUGCAUACCAUCAUACUAACAAUGCACCAGCAACACAAACACAUUACUGCAUUAUACAUACAUCAUUUACGAAGCACUAAUGUGCCUUGUGCCUAAUGCAGCAAUGUACACAAUUAAUUGCUUACUGCUGUGCUGUAACAUUCUAUAAUUUAGUUGAUAAUUGUGUAUUGCAUUCCACGACACAGGAACAAUUUCAGGUGCACUUGGUGUGAGCCUUAUUCAUGUCAUGUUGGUAGGUGAGAUAUCUGUUCCAAAUCUUUUUGAAUGGGAAAUCCUGUCGUCACUAAGCCAUCGUUGUCCUUUGGGGGCAGUGUAAAUCACACAGUAAUGUGAUCCCACAUGAAGGGUCGUAUGAUCUUUCAUUAUGCCUGUGGCAGGGGCUAUAGGUGUGUGCCAAUGGGGUUUUGGCCAGAGGCUGUGUCCUAACUUGUACGCAAGAGUUGAAAUAAAAUUUCACAAAUGGAUUUAUUGGUUAUGAAAAUCUUGCCACGACCACACGACCCUUGUGCAGUGUCUCUCUCUAGGUUUAUUCCCCUGCUUGUCACUGGGAUGACUUUAAACUCAGUUUGAGAACAGGAUCAUGUUUCAGCUCUACACCAAUUGUGAAACCAUAACAAACAUUCCCACACAAAAGAAUAAGAAAAUAAUCUUGUUUUUGGGUUGUUGUGGUACUGGGUUCUUUCUCAAUGUAUACGUGAAACGGGUGUUUAUCGCAAGAGAACACAAACUAUGUUCAUGUUUUUUUGCCGUUUCAAUGUGAUUGUUGGUAUAUACAUGUCAGCACGUCCCCCAACAGUCUUUUAAAGACUAUACGGGGACCUUUGUUUUUGUUGUUGUUGAUAUUCGAGCUAUGUUGUAUAAACGCAUGCUGCCCGAGUCGCCAGGCACCUGUUUUAAACGUUUGAGAAGCACAAAUGUACGGGUGUUGCUGGUCCUCACGCGCGCUGUGAUUGGAUUGUGCCGUCUUUCUCGCUGCGACUGCACGGCAAUCACUUCGCCGACCGAUUGAGGAUUUUAUGAAACUGCAAUCUGCCGGAUUUAUUUUUUUCCCACGAGGUACAUGUUUAGAAGUACCGUAUUUAUUGUAAUGUUUCCUAAGGUUUAAUGCUGAGCUUCAAUUACACAUUUGAACAAAGACUUUAGUAUCAUGGUAUAUACAUUUGAAACAUUUAUUUGUAUUUAUGUUUCUGCUGUCAGGUGUUUAAGUUGCUCGUUGUUGUAAGCCACAGGGUCAUGUCAGACCUCUCACAUAUGUGCUCAUCACACAGAUUUUUGUUCGGUGUGCAGUCUAAUCACCAAAACAGUUUUUAUAAUAAAAUGAAAUUCCAUUCCUAACUGGAGUUUCAGCAGUAACAAUCUAAGAUUUGGGCAGUCUCAUGGAAGCUUAAACUUGGAAUCCAAGAAGGCUGCACGAUUAUAUAUUAUUAUGUUUUGCUAUGUAAUGAACCCCCACUAAAACUAAUUGUAUUAAUUCACUGAUGCAGAAAAAUCCUGAAUGACCAUGUGCUAUGCACUUGUGCAAGUAUAUUUUGGUGUUAAUGGGGUCACGAGGUCACUCCAUGAUGAUGGUGAAACCAGCCUUCACUUGCUUGUAAUGAAAUUCUACUGCAGAUAUUAUUCUGGAAUCCUUCAGCUGAUGUACAGAAUAGGGUAUUAUUUAAUUUCAGUAGAAAGGCAAAAAGUUAACCUUAAUUUUAUUGAUGCCAGUACUCAGUGUGCAAAGCAUCUUAUUACUAUUUAAUAUUUUUCAAGAGUGACAUGAUUACAAGUAUGUGCAUGCAAGGGACAGUUCGACUUUUCACAAGCACUGUGCAUUUUAAAACUAUUCAGUUCGACUAGAAAUAUUUAAAUUACUGCACUAAGUGGAGACUGCCAUGCAGACAAUUGCAUGAAAAAUCUGUCAUCACAGACACAAAGCAAUUCUCAGUCACACUUGCCAUAUCAACAUGUGAUUGAGAAUACCAGCGUGUGAUCGUCUGCAUACCUAAUAAUCAGAGCUUCCUCUAAUACUAUAUAAAACUAUUACUAACUACUAUUUUUAUUUUUUUACCAGGUAAGGCUCACUGGGCAAUAUAGCUCUUUUUCAGAAGCCACCUGACCACAAAUUAUAGCUCAACGUAGUGGCUUAUCAUGUGAUAAUUUAUAGCGCCAAAUACUCUAAACAUAUAAAAACUUGAUUUGAAGCUUUCGUAACUCUAAACAUAUGUUUAUAAAUGGGUAGGGAAAACCCGGAGGACCCGGAGAAAAAUCCAUGUGACUAUGGCGAGAACAUGCAAACUCCAAAUAUACAGGCGUCAGGGUCGGGAUCGAACCCACGAUCACCUGUAUACCAGCGAGGUAGAUCCAUACUCUUUGGUUCUUUCGGUAAAGUCAAGUAGGUAUAAAAUAAAUUAAAUCACGACGUUUCGAUCGCAACACAAGCGACCGUCAUCAGGUGGAACAGAUACAGCAGGAGAACUGCUAUUUUAUUUUAUACCAGCGAGGUAGUUAACAUCUCGCCACCCUGGCACCCCAGAAAUAACUGGGCACAAGGGACCAUGGCAGAGCCUGGGGUUUUCUGCCACUGGAAGCACUCUAGACGUGCUAGGCAGUGCACUGCAUUACAGCACUCUCUAUACUACCCCUCAUGUAUAUAUGCAAGUAUAGCCCUUUUGUUAAUCCACUGCUUUCCCUAUACAUUAUUAAAAUUUAUAUAUGUGCAGCAUGUGUACUGUUUAACUGACAGAUAUAGUGUUUGUUGUUAGAAGCAUAGUAUGAGAUUGUGAAUAUACGGUCAGCACAUUCUAAGACUGGCACAGCACAUGAGAAUGUGGUGUGGCCAGGACCAAGCUCAGCCACCUUUGUCUCCCCAGUGCUGAUAUUGGCCAUAUUGGGCACACAUCUUACUUGGAGUUGACCCAAGGAAAGCCUAUGCCAGGUUCAUAAACCGAUGGCAAGUGGAGUUGUGCUUGAUCAUCCUAUUAAUCCAUUAAACACUCACGACUGCACCACCUAUUAGAGAAGCUCUGAGGGAAUAAACGAAGCACAAUACAUACCGAGCAUAGGGGAUUUGGGAAGAGGGAAAUAAAUUAAAAAGGUUAUGCGAGGAAAAUUGUAAUCCUAAAAUAUCCUAUUCGGUGACUUGAUUAACUAAUCAUGGUAUGUGUAUUGUUGUGAUAAACAAUGGAGUAUCAGCUUUACUUACAAUAAACUCAUUAACUUUUAUUGUGUAAGUAGACUAUGCUGAUCGAAAUUCACGGUGCAGCCUUCGUUGUGGGCCUCGUAUCACAGACGCGACGAUUGUGUCGAGUGACCACCGAGCGUGGAGUGACCACCGAGCGUCACGCGAAUCACUUGAAAGCGAUGAAAACCGCAUUUUGAAACUCUGACAUGUAAAAAAAAGUCUGAGUCAAUUAACAGAACACGUGAUUAAAUAGGUACAGCUUGUACUUGCAUGCACACUGUAGAGAAGGCUCUUUGUAUCGUUAAUUACAGUGACAGAUCUAUUGCUAAAGGUCUCAGAAUUGAAACGAACAAAUGUUUUAAAUGAAUGUUCUAACAAAAUAAUUCAGGUUUUGCAUUUCCUUUUUGCCAAAAAGCAUCCAAACUCAUUUACAUCCAUGUUUACAUAUCAAUACAUUGAUAUACCACAUGAUAACUUAGUGAGAGAGCAGCAGUAAAAUAUUGUAGAGCAGAAGACGCAAUUCCAUUCCGUUUGACAAGAGGCAUUAAAGACGAAAUAUUUACGACCAAACUAUGUAGAGUGACUAUAUAUAAUCUGCAGUGCGCAGAUUUUUGUAUUGCGUCAUGGAUCUGAUGCAUUUAAACUGCAAAAUUUCAAAUAUUGUAAUUAUAUUGGUUCGCCAAUACACUUAUCCAUGUUUAAAUCAUUAACAUGUAACACUAUUUUGAACGUGUCUUACUAUUGAUGUUUCUUGAUGUGAUUGCAGCUAUUUAUGGAGAAAACCCGUUGUAAUGUCGUACGUGUUGUUCUUUGAGCGAAAGCUCGCAACACAUCCCAGUUGAAACACUUGAAUAGUUCACUAUCGUGGCAAACAUAAUCUGCGUCUGAUUUCAAGUCAGCAAGUGACUGGAGAAUGGCUUUCAAAUAUUGCACAGCAUGUGUACUUGUGUUUUCAUGAUCCUGGUAAUCUGCUGCCAGUUUCAUGGUUACAUGCAUUGUUACAGACACCACACUGGUGGUAGUGGUGGUAUUGCCUGUGUGUCCCUCAUGCACACGCAUUACGCUUUGUCGUGAUUUUCACUCGACACCGUUUGACCGAGCGACAUGCAAUGGAAAAUUUUCGCGCUACGUAGUCAUGUAUAAGGUAAGUAGUUUCAUAGACACUGUGUGUAUACGCUUUUAAAACUGAAGUUUUCUUAAGUAAUUUAUUUUUGCCUUUCCAUAGACUGCUGCAGGUUUUUUUGUGAUGGAGUGGCUUUGAAGUGAGGUGUAUGUCAGGUAGGCAAAGGGUGAUGAUGUGGGAGAGCGGGUUCGUGGUAUAGGAAUUGAGGGAGGUGUGCUCUGUAGAGAUUCGGGUUGGAGAGAACACGAGGAAGCAUACUGCACCAGUGACUAGAUGCACGUUUCCCUGCUGUAGAGUGAGCAUUAUAUUUGAAAUAUUUUACUGACUUGGCUCCAGAAUGUCCUCGUGCAGUGCCGGUCACGUAAUGAGGAGUUUGGAAUAAUGUACAAAAAAACAUCUCUUGUUUCACGCGACUCCAGCAUCUAUCACUCUUUCGAAAAUUGUGCACAGUGCAUUUAGUGGAAUGAAUGAGAGUUACGAUCCAUUCGCCUGCUCCCUCCUGUGUUCUCCAUCCGCUGUCGUGUCUCCUGUAGCUGCAGAUUCUGACACUCGCUGCUAAUUCUUUGCUGCUGCGAAGCAGGGGAACAUGCUCUGGUCGCUGAUGCAGGCAGUAUGCAUUGUCCUGUUGUGAUGAGGCCCCUUCAAUGUAGCAUUGUUCCAGGUGAUCUUGGUGCACCAAAGCGCAGGAUUUUCAUCCCCUCGACUGCCAAUGAUCCAACUUUCCCUAUGAGUCACUUGUCUCUGUGGCUUUGCAGACCGGGUACAAAUACUGCAUCUCCGCCUUGGCCUAACAGUCCACAACGUAGCCUUUUUCUUUUUAUCUUCAUCGCUGUGAGGUUGCAGGCUCGCGAACGUGGAUUUAUUACAAACACCAAGGGGUUAAGUUCUUGAAAAUGUGUAAAUGUUAUGUCAAGUGCUCCUGCAAAAUGUAAAUUGUUUGUGGGAACUACGUGCGAUGGCGUCAUGUUGACAAGUGAGGCUACGUCAUAUCCAAAGUACGUCAGCAAAUAACCUUUUUAAAACAAUUCUCAUGAGUAGAAAAGUUAAUUUAAUGUUGAUUAUGAAAAUGUAAUUACCAACUCUGUAAUAAUAAUAAUAAUUAGAGGAGCAAAUGUGUGAGAGUGCAGCUAGCCUGACGGGCAGUGUGCUGAUGUUUCUGCCACUUGGUCGAAAACGGUGGCUGCGGUUGUAGUACGAGACAGACCGUCGUGAAGCGACGUUUGUAUCCGUCGCAAUCGACGUAGAUGUCAACCGCUGCGUAGUCGCAUGCUAUAGAAUCGUCUUUUGUCUAUUGGAGUUCCACGCAAGACUGCAUUUUUUGGUAAAAACAGCACAAGGACAGUAACGUCUAAAUCUCCUCAUGUAAAUUCCCAAUUAUGUUAAGGGAAAUAACCCACCAACAAGUAUACAUUACGAUCGAAAAAUGUUUCUUAAAAUAUGUUAGAAUCGGACACAUGACCGCCUGGUUGACACCCUGGCAAAAUGUUUGACACACAAGUGGGAGCUCACGAGUUCACAUCCCAACUAGGGGUUCACUCGGUGCAACUUUUCGACGAGUUCCACUUUGUGGGAAGCCGAGAACCUCGAUGUGCAUGAGAAACUCGUCUGCUGGUUACCAAAGUAGUAUCGGCAUGGGGCAGUACAACAAGUAGGGUUUGACUUAUCGUUAUGGUUUUAGUGUGUGAGUUUUCUUCAGGCCCUAAUCGAGAGGGAAUUGACCAAACAUCGCAAAGCAGGAUUCUCGUGUUCGAAUGAUUAGAGGAACACCAGCAGUAGUGCUGCAUCCUGCACUGUGUUUAGUCUAAAGGGAGAGCUCAUGUGGCCUCGAUCGUCUGCCUGAAAAGUCCUCAAGUUAUUUAUGGCAGUGCAUUUGAAGAAUUGGCUGGCAAAUUCAGUUCAGUAUGUUACAAUUAUACUGAACAAUCUGUGUAAUGAUGACCACUGAUGUUGACAAUUUAAGUGUCCUUCAUAGACAAGUGGUCUCCAAACAGGGUUAGUUAAAAUGAGAUGUUCUGGGAAGUGCGGCAGUGAUUUAGGCAGCGAGGUGUUCACUGUGAAGAGUGGCUCAGCACGAAACAGGUGCCGUCGUAUUGCGAUGGCUGCACUGAUCCAAGCCUGCCAUUGCAUUUACAUAUUCAUGUAAACGUUCUGCUUUGUGAUCUUCCCUUCCUUGUUGCAACGCUUUCCGGACGAUUUUUGUCGGGGAUGUGGCUUUUAGUGAUGCAAGAUUGCGCUUCGUAUUAUUUACUGGAUGUCCGUUGGAUGCGUGUGAUUCAGAUUAAAAAAUUUUUACAAUUUGGGAAGUUUUGAACUUCAACAGGUUUGGUAAAUAAAGUGCGGUUGGGUGCCCCUCAUCGCGACGCUACUGCUUUCAUGCACACACUGCUCCAUGACGUCCCGUGGUGCGGUGGUAACCGUGACGGCGCUACCACAAAUAUUCCAUUGGAAGCACCAGACGAUGGUGAAAUGUUCUGGUUCACAAUGGCAAUCACAGUCCAGUGUUUCCAGUUAAUUCAAAUUGACGCAGUCGGCUACUACAUAGGGGGUCAUUAUAAUUCCGUGCUACGAUUGGUAGGUGAGCAAAGGUUCAGCAUCUUGUUUCUCUGAGGGCCGCGUGCAAGCAUUGUAAGAAGUGCAAUUCCAUCCAUGGUUAAAAUUUACCACUUUUCAAACCAUAUUCGAGUCUCUGUAUACGUGAUUCUUAUGUUCCUUAUAUUGUGGUAGAAUUGGACAUCUUACCCAGUCCUUGCCUCGACGUAUAUAUAUAUUUGCCAGGUGGUUGUAGUUACACAUACCUGUAUUUAAGCAGUGGACGCGAGGGUUGGUGCAUCGCACAAAUACUGUGAAACUCCCUUCCCGUGGGAAUCGAGGUGCCAUACCCUUUCUUAGAAGGCUGCAGAGCAAAUGUGGACAACACCUGUUCCAUUUGUAUGGGAUAGAGUGUUGCCCCCUCCCAAACAUGUUUUUUUUCUCCUGGAUGCCCCAGAUUCGUCCAUCUUUGUAUAUUGGGUAUCGCAGAGCUUGGGGGGGAAGUCGAUGCUGGCUCACCUGGCUGCCUUCUUCACGCAAUCCAUAGCUCCUCGCACCUCUGAGUCAUUCUCCCUCUUCGAGAUUGAGCGAAUAUUGUGUAGCGUGUUACAAGUCGAAAUUAUUAUUAUAAAAGGGAAUUAAUUAUAAAAUGAUAUUUACAAAUCUGAACAUAAAACUUUUUGAAAAGAAGUCCUGGAGUAAUAUUGUGGAGCCUUACAUGUAUUAAUUUUGUUAGGAUUUCUUUUAGUUCAUGCUGAUUCCAUACCUGAGUUCAGCUGCCACACUGCAGCCAACAGAAUGAUCUACAACAAUGGUCAUCGCUGGUAAUGGCGAUUCUUUCAACUCAGAGCUUCGUUUUUUUACAGAGCUGUGACAUUGAUUAGAUGCUAAUUUUGGGAGUGAAGGUAGGAUGGGAAUUUAAAUACAUGAAUGUAUAAUUCACAGUCACUUCUAUGAGGCAUAGGGCAUGGGGAACGCCGCAGUGGUUGUUCACCUACGUGUGGGAAACUCACUGUGGAGCAAUGGAUUCUGGGGCAGGGAUGGUGGAACCUGCACCACCCCGUACAUACUCCUCUGGCCAGUUUACCGAUGCAUUCCCCUUGGUACACGUUUCCCCGAGGGUGUGUGCAUGCAAGCAGGGCUGCAGUGCGGUGGCCGUAUGCGUCGGUGUAGAUUAGAAUCCCUUGCUGUCGUAAUUUGCUCGGUUAUGCCGUGUGUGGGUUUUAAUUGUCUGUAUAGUGCAAUGUUAAAUUUUGUACACGUGAUUUUAUUGUAAUUUGAAACAAAUGUGAGCACAGCCAUUUAAAUGAAAAAAAAAUGUGAUACCCGCAAUGUUUGUGCAAUAUGUUGAGAUGUACUUCGGACAUUAAAUUAUUCAUGUAAG